UAAAUUGCCUUGUAAAGCAAUGAUCGAUUUUGUCCAAUUUGACAAAAAACUUGAAAAAGAUAAUUCAUUCCAGAAAAAAAUUGCACAAAAAUUGUUUCUGAAGAUAAACAAACGUACACCCAUAACUAAAAAUUUCGCCGAAUUAUUAAGAUACUGUAUAUCUCGUGAUGUAGGUCUUAUGUUUGCUCCACUGAGAGCUUCAAAAACAAAAAAACACGUGUUUAAGGAAACGACUCUUUAUAAAGUUAUAAGGGCAACGCUUAGAAAAGCGUUUUGGAAGCCAGGAGAAGAUAUUCCUGACCAGGAUAUCAUAGAUGCCUUAAGUUCAGCAUUGCAUAAUUGCAAAGAUUGGGAUGGGGGACGAACCGCUCGUUCUAAAAAGACAGUUCAAGCUGAUACUGAAGUACAACAUCAUGGAUAUUGA